GAACUAUUCAGGUGCUCCAAUUCAGUAUCAGUGAACAUAGAGAGAUGGGUUCCAAAGCUCUUUUUUUCUUAGUAGUCUUAUCCUUCACAGUGGUGUCUCUCAAGUCUGCUUUCGCAGAUGAGAAUGAGGACCCAGGUCUGGUUAUGAACUUCUACAAAGAUACAUGUCCUCAAGCCGAAGACAUUAUCAGAGAACAGGUCAAGCUUCUCUAUAAGCGCCACAAGAACACUGCAUUUUCAUGGCUAAGAAACAUCUUCCAUGACUGUGCUGUUGAGUCAUGCGAUGCUUCACUACUGUUGGACUCAACAAGGAGGAGCUUGUCUGAGAAGGAGACAGACAGGAGCUUUGGGCUCAGGAACUUUAGGUAUCUUGAUGAAAUUAAAGCAGCUGUUGAGAGGGAGUGCCCUGAUGUUGUUUCCUGCUCAGAUAUCCUUGUCUUGUCUGCAAGGGAGGGCGUUGUUUCGCUUGGAGGUCCUUACAUCCCUCUUAAAACUGGAAGAAGAGAUGGUAGGAAGAGCAGAGCAGAUGUACUUGAGCAAUACCUCCCAGACCACAAUGAGAGCAUCUCUGUCGUCCUUGAGAAGUUUGGAGCUAUGGGUAUUGACACACCAGGAGUUGUUGCCUUGCUAGGUUCCCACAGCGUGGGGCGAACCCACUGUGUGAAGUUGGUGCACCGUUUAUACCCAGAGGUGGACCCUGUGCUGAACCCUAACCAUGUUGAGCACAUGCUCCACAAGUGCCCGGAUGCAAUCCCGGACCCGAGGGCAGUGCAGUAUGUGAGAAAUGACCGUGGCACGCCGAUGAUCUUCGACAACAACUACUACAGGAACAUAUUGGACAACAAGGGGUUGUUGAUAGUGGAUCAUCAACUAGCUACGGACAAGAGAACAAAGCCCUAUGUGAAGAAAAUGGCAAAGGACAAUGACUACUUCUUCAAGGAGUUUGCAAGAGCCCUAACAAUUCUCUCUGAGAACAAUCCACUCACUGGCACAAAGGGUGAGAUCAGAAAACAGUGCAAUGUUGCCAACAAGCAUAACUAGGGAAGCUCACUCGAUCAUGUUGAGAGUUCACAAUAAAAAUGGGCUUUGCUUUUAAGAGUGGCAUCAAGAUGGUCAUGACCAUGUUGCAUGCACUGUUUCUAGUAUAGGUUUCUGCUUUUGUUUGUUGUCAGGUCAAUGUUGUUAUGUAUAUGUAUUUAUGUAUGGGUUGAUGGUAUAUGAUGCACCAUUAUGAACUAUAGUCUUGAUGGUUGUUGAUUCUAUAUGAAUGUAAUGCUCUCUCUCGGUAUAUCUUGCUCCAUUAGCCGUGACUGUUGCAUCUCAACUAUUUGUAUUUGUAAACACUAUUGGGAGAUCCAUGUGAUGGAUCUUUCAUGAAUUGUUCGGUUUAUUUGUAUAUAGUGACUUAUUUUAAAUGCCGUAAACUUAUUUUUC